UUCUAUUCUUCUCGUUCUUAUUCCAGUCUCUUCUAUGUUAUUCGUUGUUCUUCUUUUCUGAUAAAUGAAUUGGGUUAAGAUCGUCCCUUUCUCUUCUUGCAAGCGGGAUUCCUCUUCUUCUUUUCUUUGUGUUCUUUUUGGUGGAUUCUCUUGUCGUAAAUUCGGAAUGAGACGUGCGGCUAGGGCUGAAAUUUGAUACGGGCGCCGGCCGAAACGACAAAAGAUGGCGACUUGGGAGAUGGGGAUUGGCGAGGUCGGUGGAUGAUGACAGAUUUCGAUGGGCUCUCGUUUGCCAGGUUAAUGGGAUUCUUGAGCAUCAUGGGCAAUUCCUUUGGGUGCUCGGCAUCCGGGGAGCGGCUGGUCUCGGCAGCAAGAGACGGCGACCUUCAAGAAGCCAAGGCUCUCUUGGAAUACAAUCCCCGGCUUGCCAGGUACUCCACCUUCGGUGUCCGGAAUUCGCCACUCCAUUACUCUGCAGCACAGGGCCACCAUGAGAUUGUCUCUCUGUUGCUCGAAUCUGGUGUUGAUAUUAAUCUCCAGAAUGUCCGAGGACAGACUGCUUUAAUGCUAGCUAGUCAAUAUGGUCACUGGGAGGUUGUUCAGACUCUCCUGCUUUUUAAUGCCAAUAUUCACAGAACGGAUUAUCUCAAUGGUGGAACAGCUCUUCACUUUGCAGCUCUAAGUGGUCACACUCGAUGCAUUCGUCUUCUUCUUGCUGAUUAUGUGCCAAGCAUAUCUGACUUUUGGAAUAUGAUGAGGAGGAAACCAACCCUAAAAGUUCCCAUUGCAAAUUUUGAUGAGAGUUCUCUGUGUAAGAUAGUUAACAGAAAGGCAGAUGGAGGCAUUACAGCUCUUCAUAUGGCUGCACUAAAUGGGCACGCAGAGAGUGUGCGGUUACUAUUAGACUUGGGAGCUUCUGUUUCUGAGGUCACAGUGGGAGAUGGGACGACAAUUGAAUUGAUAGCAGGUGCAGGAAGCACACCCCUUCACUAUGCUGCUUGUGGUGGAAAUGCUGCUUGUUGUCAGGUUCUUAUUGCCAGAGGUGCCAGCUUAACUGCUGAAAAUGCUAACAGUUGGACUCCUUUGAUGGUAGCUCGGUCAUGGCAUCGAAAUUGGCUUGAGGGUAUUCUAAGUAAACAAGUGGAAAGCCAAAUACAUAUUCUUCCUUCACCAUAUCUCUGUCUUCCACUUAUGAGCAUCAUGAGAAUAGCCAGAGAAUGUGGAUGGAGAAAUAAAAACCAAUCACCUGCAUGCAUUGAUCCAUGUGUUGUUUGCUUGGAAAGGAAAUGCACGGUGGCUGCAGAAGGUUGCGAUCAUGAGUUCUGCACUAGGUGUGCUCUGUACCUGUGCUCCACCUAUAGCACUUCAACCAUUGUGGCAGGCCCACCUGGCUCUGUACCAUGCCCUCUUUGCCGGCAUGCAAUUGUCUCAUUUUUCAAACUCUCUGGCACGAGCCCAGUCAGAGAGUUGCCUAGGACGAGCCUAUCCUUAUCUCUGUGCACUACUUGCCCAGCUGUGGGCUCUGAUUUAACCGCUUUGAUGAGUACUCAGUCAUGCAAGCCUGACUUCCACUGCACUCAGAUCCCUCCUCUGGGUUCAUCUUCUUUUCGGUCUCUCAGCUGCCAGAGGUUCCCAUCAAUGAAGCUGAAUUCGACUCUUUGCAUGGGAGCUCCAGAAACAAGCCCGUGCCUUGUAAGGUGCUCGAGAUCAGGAUCACUACGGCGGUCAGCUUCACAAGGGGAGAGCAACAGAAGAUCAUGGCUCUUUGCCCUUAACCAAAUUGUUACUACUGGAAGCGGUUAGAAUUCUCUGUGUACUUUGUUUGGGUUGCAAUUCAUCCCUAUUCUUUGUUUAUAUCGUUCUCUUUUUAUCCUUUUUUUUUUGUGCGCUUGCCUUCCAAAUCCCUUUUAUGAAAGUGCCAAUUGACGUGCUGUUGAUAUUAGUGACGUAUCCCAUUGUUGUAAAUAGAGGAUUAUGUGCUCUUGUUCUGUUGUAUAUGUGGGAUCAUCAAGCAGGCUAUUGUUUUCAUUUCUUCUUCUUCCUUUUUUUUUUUUUCCGGGUUCUUUCAAUUUGUAAGUGAAGAAGGAUAUUGGUGAUGCUUUUCUAAUGCACGUAUUUUUUAUCCUUUUUUUUCUUC